AUGCGCCUGUCUGUGGACCCUGACUUCAGAUGUUCAAGAUGCUGGGGAACGGUUCGCUCUCUUGACGGCAGGCCACAGAGUGAUAUCCAAGUUGGUCUGGACAAGUUGGAGGUUGUAGGCUCCUUCUGCUACCUCGGAGACAUGUUUUCUGCAGCUGGUGGCUGUGACCUUGCAACCACUACGCGUGUGAAGACUGCUUGGAAGAAGUUCAGGGAGCUGCUACCAGUCCUGACAUCACGCCACCUGUCAUAUAAGACCCGUGGUCGAGUGUAUAACACCUGCGUACGUAGCGCUAUGCUCCAUGCCAGUGAGACCUGGGUACUGACCAAGCCAAAUCUUCAUCGCCUACUACGCAAUGACAGGGCCAUGAUAAGACAGAUCUGUAACAUCAAGCCUGAAGAUAUGGCCACUGUAGGUUCAACUGAAUUGCUGGGGCGGCUUGGCAUCGAUGACCUCGACCUCAUCUUAAGGGAAAGGAGACUCCGCUGGUAUGGCCACGUUGUCAGAUCCAGCAGUGCAGUCAAGUGCGCUCUAAACAUACAAGUUCCUGGGAGACGUAGAGUUGGUCGGCCAAUGCUAUCUUGGAGAGAGCUGACGGAGAAAGAUCAUAGAGAAUGGAAGCUCCCUACUGCCGACCCUCAAGACUGGAAAGAAUGGAGAUCUGAGAAGGGUGGAAUUACCUUAAUGUGA